CUACUGGUGACUUUCCACUUCUCCUCUCGCUAGAGACACGAGAAGCAUCAGCAGAGAAACAAUCACAUUGAACCAUGGUGGGGAAAAUAAAACACGUCCGUCAGAAGCUGCACCAAGCGGCGGUGAAGCCGGACGGACCGAGCGGACUGUCUGCGUCCACUGCGUCUGGUUCCGCCGCACUGAAGACCCCGGUUCUGUUACCACAGAGUUUCAACCAUCCACCGCUGGACACUAAGGGCGACAAACAGGUCCAGAAAGGUAACACAUUCCCUACUGGGAUCUUUGCUGGUACCAAAAUCUCUCCAGACGUUCUGGUUCAGACUCUGAAGAUAGAGGAAAAUCCUCAAACGCCCGAACCUUCCAGUAAAGGUGCUGAAGACAAACGAGCCAAAUCAAAGAAGGAGAAGAUGAAGGAGAGGAGAGACAGAUGGCUCAACAAGAUCAGCUCCAUCAAACAGGCCCAGGCACAGCAGGCGGCCAAAGCCCGACGACAGGCCACUCCUGUGGUGGGGGACCUCAGGCCGCUGGCUGACGCCCUCCCAGAGCUCUGCCAGCUCAUCAGCCCCCCCACCACAGCUCCAACUGGUCGCUGCAGGAGCAGGAAGAGCAAAGCGCCAGUGAAGAGACCUGAACCCAGAGACUUCAGUCACCUGAAAGAGUCAAAGAAACGUAAACUUCUAGAGACCGAGACCAACUGGUUCCUCAACGCGGUAAAGACUCUGUCCACCAAACAGAACCUUCUGACAGAUAUCGGAGAGCAGCUGAAGAAGAGGAUGAAGCAAGAGGAGGAGCAAGAUCUCAGCUAACAGCAGCCGACGCUUUGAGACCCAAUACUUCCACUGACUUUAAAGGUUCUGGAUCCAGGCCCACUCUGAAAACAAUUAAAAGCAUCCUCUAAGAUGCAUAAACAUAAUGAAUUAAGUAAUCAGUUGUGUUGUCAUGUCAAUAUUCACUGUGUUGUGAAAUUCAAUGUUACUUAACUCUGCACAGGUCAACAGAGCCCCUGUCCUCCAAAAUGUGUCCAGUGUAACUAUUAUGUUAGUAAAUGAGCACUAACUAACUCCCAGCAUUAGUCAGUGUAGAUGAAGUUUUCACUGGACAAAUGCCCAGAAAUACUACUACUACUAAUUAUUAUUAUACUAAUAAGUGUGGUUGUUAUUUACAUGGUGGUACAUGCUGGUUUCUAACGUUAGAGGUGUGGGAUGUGAACUGUAAAGUGAUUAAAUGUAACCGUUUGGUUUUGAUGCCGUUUUCAGAGAUUAAAAUUAAACGGAUUUAAAAUGAG